AUGUUGACGUGUGAGUUAAUACGACCGCCUGUCAUCAGCAAGGCGAUUGCAGAUGGUGUUUGGUUGCCAGCAUCAGCACUUUUUUUCAAAAUGGUCAGUCGCGAUGUUCUUCAGUCGAAAAGUGACGUCGGUUUGCACGAUGUCCAGGUAUUGCUCGACGCGGUCGCAACAACUCCGCGCGAGCUCACUAACAAACUCAUAUCAUUCAUCAAAUUACGCACGGUCGACGCUGCUUACACGGUACUGAUUGACUCGUCCGAAAAGAAAAUCUUUCAAAGUCACCAAGCGAGAUCACAGAAAGUUGACGCACAAUAA